UGGCUUAAUAUGAUUGGAUGAUUAGAAGACGGUCUUUUGUGUUCUUUGUUGAUCAUCUCACGGCUCUGUUCUGUCUCUUUCCUCUUCUCUAUCUCAUCAGUCAUUACUUUCUUCUCUUCAUCCAGAUAACAAGCAUCUCUCUCUGUAUUUUCGAUCAUCUUGAGAAGGAUUCUUUUGAGGUUGCCGCUUCUAUGCCAACGUGUAGAGAAAAUGGGCGAGUCUAAGGGGUAUGGGAGAGGAGGACGAGUGAUUCCAAAUGUUAAUUCUUACAACGUCUCUCUUCAGCUGUCUCCACUUGUUUCUUUUUGGGAUUGUAUUGUCCGAACCAUGAGGUAUUCCUAUAUACCAGAGUGGUUGUAGUAGUUCUUGACAUCCUUCUACUACGAGUUUAUUUAGUUAAAGAGUUAUAGAUAAUAGUAUAAGCAAGCAAGCAUGGAUCACGUGGUGUGCAAGCAAGUUCAGCCAGUAGCUAGGAAAGUGAAGAAGAAGAAGAAGGCACAUGGUAAAGAUGAGUCUGACCGCGUCAAACAAGCUGAGAAGAAGAAGAGACGUCUUGAGAAAGCUCUUGCUACUUCUGCAGCCAUCAGAGCUGAGCUUGAGAAGAAGAAGCAGAAGAAACUUGAAGAACAACAGAGGUUAGAUGAAGAAGGUGCUGCUAUUGCAGAAGCUGUUGCUCUUCACGUCCUACUGGGUGAAGACUCUGACGAUGAUUCAUCUCCAGUCAUGUUUGGUGAAGAAAAGGGUUUCAAGAUGGAUAUGUUUAGAGGUGAAAGCUAUGCGGUUCAAGGAAUUGGGUUUGUGUCAAACGGUUGUGGAUUAGGAGACAGUAACUGGUCGCCAUUCGCUAGUGAUGUUUGGGAUGACAACAUGGGUGUAUCAGCUGAUUUGAUUGCUGCUCAGGCUGUCUCGUCGCUACAUAUAUCUAAAAACAGUGACGGGAACACCUUUGUGUUCAAUGGGAUGUUCCGGGGAUGAUAAAUACCAUGAUUCCAGAUUUGGUUUGCUAAAAGAAUCAUGAAUGUGUUAUGAUAUAAGUUACUGUGUUGUUUAUUUGUAUAGCCGUUUUGGUUGCUUUGAUGUGAGAUUACUCUGUUGCUUACACUAUGUUUUCAUUGCGAGUUGUAUUCAUUUACAUGUUUAAAACUCUUCUUAUCUGAA